AUGAUCGGAGGACAGCCUGACUCAAGGUUUGCGGCAUCUGGACACGGACAGGCUCACGGAGGACUCGACUACACGGCCUCCAGCUUGCAGGCUUCUUUAGCCGUGGCGGCCUCGGAGUUGACGGAGGAUGACACGUCCGGGUUGGCAUCGGACGGCCACGUGCAGGACACCGGAUCGAAUCUGGACGCAGCGGGCCUGUCGCUGGACAUGUCGCAGGACUGGGACGAGUCGUCGCUGGCCUACUUCCUCAACGACAUCAUGCUCCCACCACUGACGCCUGUGCCUGACGGCCACGAUCUCCCCAACGAACAACCGUACCAUCUGCGCACGCCGCGGGACUUUCUGGAUUUCGGCACCUUCAACAUGGACACUCUGCCCGAUCUGGACAUUCACGCCCUGCAGCAGAACAAUAACCAUCACCUGGAGACGAUGCCAUCCGUGACCAACUUGAACGCGAUGUUGUCGAGCCCGCUCCCAGCAUCGGGGACGGCGACGCCCAUCUUUGCGGACGGCAUCUCUUCGGGCAAUGCGGCAUUCAUGCGCUCCAUGUGGAUGUGGACGCCCACCAACCGCGACCACGGCGGCGAAGACAGUCUCAAUCUCUCCUUGCCCAGCUCCGACAUGGACAGCCCCGAGACGCGAGCCCUGGCAGGUCGUCCGGUCUUCCACCACCGCCUGGACAACACGUUGCGCGACAAGAUCCUGGCCUCCGUGCUCGGCACCUGUGAUCCUUCGCUGUACACAGCCAUCGCGUCGUCGUUUCCCAGCGCCGAAAUGUUGAACAAGCUGUUGCAUUUCUACAUGUCCACACACCUCGCCCUGACCGACCCGUGGUUGCAUCUGCCCACCAUCGAGCUCGACAAUCAAUCCCUCGAGCUCGUCAUCAUGAUGAUCUCCGCCGGCGCCGUCGUCUGCUCGGUCACUUCAAUCCGCAGGCUUGGCUUUGCUCUGCAAGAGGCAGUUCGAGUGGCUUUGGCCAAGAAGUUUGAGACCGACAAUCGCUUCACCCGAGAUCUUACCACGCUGCAGGCCUUCGCGCUUCAACUCCAGGUUGGGUUAUGGAGUGGCGAUAAGCGUAAGAUGGAACUGGCCGAAAGCUUUGCUCAGCCUCUGAUCACCGCAAGUCUCUCCAUCUUUAUGGUGAGACGAGCUGGACGCUUUGGUCAGCUGAGAGGGCCACUGUCAAUGCCUACACCCGAGGACGCCGGCGAAACUCUGGACCUGAAAUGGAGGGCAUGGGUGCACGCCGAAUCAUACAAGAGACUGGCGUGUCAUCUCUUGAUUCACGAUGCGCAGGCGUCAAUGGCUCGUGCAGUGGCACCACUUCUGUCUCCGGCGGAAAUCUCGCUGGGGUUCCCGGCAUCGAAACAACUCUGGUCUGCUGGCUGUGCGCGAGAAUGGAGGAUUCUCUGUCUCGACCAUAAUCUGGCUUGUCCGGACAAGAGCCUGAGCAUUUCACGUGGGCUCAACAAUCUGUCGCAGCUGAGAGAUCAACAGAACAUAGACCUCUGUUUUGCGGCCAUCAUCGUCAUCUACAGCACUUGGGCCGUGGUUCAUAGCCACCUUCAGCUCAACGCUCUGACGCGAUCGCCCACAUCGACCCCACGCCAUAAUGGAUCCUUCAUAAACAGCUCCCAGAACCCGGGAGUGGUUCAUUUCAUAGAACAGAUUCUCCUGGUGCUCUCGGACUGGAACGAAUCUUUCCGACCGACGAUGGCCCUCGUGUCGGAAAGGACGCUCCUCGGUCUCCACGUGUCUUUUGAACAAGUGCAAUUGUUUGCGGGCAAGGAAGGAGAAGAUGAAGCGCGACGGGCCUUCCCCAUGCUGCAACAGUGGGCCGACAGCAGCGAUGCUCGCAAGGCCGUCUGGCAUGCCGGUCAGAUCUUGAGAGCCGCACGACGGUGUCACGCAAACGAACUCCUGGAUUUUGGCGCCAUCUGUCUCUAUCACGCCGGCCUCACCUUUUGGGCGUAUGCGGUGGUUCGAACAGCGGCUCCAAGCCACCUCCCUGGUCAGACACAGUCAUCUCGCGCAUUGUCCAACCCAGGUGAUACAGUGUAUGUCUGGCUGGACGGGGACGACUGUCCUGCCGUGCAGCGUUUCAUCAGUCUCAACCGCGGCAUUCCCGUGGUCCAUGAUGGGACGGACAGUGCCAAUGGGUCAGUAUCGCUGAGCAGUCCAAAGACCCUCAUGGGGUUAUGUAUUGACCUGUUGAGGAAGAACGCAAAUGCCAGGGACCACGGAGGAUACCUGCCCUUGGUCGAGAAUCUAAGUCAGCUGAUGCGUGACCUGGGCAAUGCUGCGCAAGGGGUGCUUUCCGGACAGCUGAGACGCUUCAAGGAGCACCAACCAGGAGCGCGAGGGGGUAGUAUCACCUAG